AUGCACUCGUACAUUCGCCCCAACACGCACGUUGCGCUGCGCCUUCCCUCAGGUCUGCUCAAGGUCAUCGAAAUCACCCCGAAUACCACAAUCAAUCUUGGAAAGUUCGGCACCUUCAACUCGAGCCUCUUGCUCGGACGACCGUACUACUACACCUACGAGCUGCUCGACAAAGACGACGGCAAAUCCAAGACCGAAUUACGCAUCGUACCCGCCGCCGAACUGCACGCCGAAGCCCUCGGUGACGACUAUGUACCGACCACAGAACCAACCGAAGACACUGCGGAGCGCGGCCCAGGCUUCGACAUUGUUGGCGAAGAUGGACAGGUGCUUAUGAGGAACAAUCGGCUGACGGUCGAUGACGCCUCGCGACAGGCCCUAUCAAUGGCCGAGAUUGAAGAGCUCAAGAAAGCCGGUGCGGGAUCUGGCAAGGAGAUUAUUGCAAAGAUCAUGGCCUCGCACAACGCCCUCGACGAGAAGACGACCUUUUCCCUGGCCAAGUACACGCUUCGCAAGUCGAAAAAAUACAUGAAGCGAUUCACGGCCCUGCCACUAGACAUUGGCAUCUUGAUCGAGUACGUCCUGGAGAAGGAGUCCCACAAGAUCAUGGAGUUGAGAGAAGACUUGCUGGGACUAAUCUGCAGUUGGGCAAAUAUUCACUCGGGCGAGUCAAGUAGGGUACUGAAAGCAGAAGACGGCGUCAGUCAAAUAGGAGGAGGAAGGUGGUUGAUGAGGAGAAUGACGACUCGGAGAGCGACGAAGAUGGCCCGCCAGCCGAGAUAA